AUGCGAUCAAAAAGAAGGAUUCUGUCUCAAUUCUUUAUUGUAUCAAAUUUUUCAAUGAUGAAAAUCGAACAUGAAUAUUCAAGCAUCACAUGGCCGAAUGUCCUUGAUAAUUUUGCCUUGCUUUCUGGCCAGCUGAACUCUUUGAGUCGUCUGCUGAAAAGCGAAAAGAUUCCACCUUUGAAAAAUUAUGUUCUGCUUCCAUUGGCAUUAUCACCAGACAAGGAUCUUGAUCUUGAGAAACUCACAGAAGGCCGUUUGAUGAUAUUUAACCAUGAAGUUGUGCCUGUCUACCUUCGUACCAAGCCUGAACCAGAAGUUGAAGAAAAAUUUACUGAACUUACUUGCAGAGUUGGCAUUUCAGCCCAUGAUAACCCUCAGUCUUACAUGGUUUACAGUCAGGGCAAAGCUAUCAAAACUGAAAACAUGCUUGUGGAAGAUGCUACUGUUACCCGGAAACAAUUGAAUACGUUGAAUAAAAUCACUAGUAAUAUUCUGGACAUUAUCAACUCUGCGAGAGACGAAUGGGAAAGUGAAGCCAAUCAAAAAUCUGCUCAGCCACAAACUUCUUCAAUGGCAGACACAAACUCCCUGAUCCAAGCUAUCACUGUGGGAAAGGGCCUGAAGCAGCCUACCCCCAGACGUUCAGAAAACUCUCAUCAAAACAACAACAAUGUAAACUCACAACAACAAUCACAGAAAGCACCUCAAUCUGCAACCAUUUCAAAAGCACCAAGUACCAUUAAAACAAAUAUUAAGGCAGGAUCAGCUAACCAUCCCUAUCAAAGAUCUUGA